CUGCUGCGUUCGCGUUGGAUUCGAAGAGGGUAAAGAUGGUACUGGCGGAACGUACAACGGAGGGCGGUGUGCGGAAUGGAAAGCGAUCGCGCGGCCCAAGCCCUAACGGUCAUACGGGUGCCGGGGUGGUCACCACAUCCGGCGCAGGAGGUGGUGCUGCAACCGAUUCCAGCUCGGACGACGAAAACUCUCGCAAAAAUGGCAACACUUCAAAGGCAACAAAAGCCAAGAGCGAAUAUGAAGAGAAAAUUCGAGUCGGCCGUGAUUAUCAGGCCGUCUGCCCGGAGCUUAUCGCUCCAACAGAACGCAAACCGGAACAGCUGAACGAUCGGGCGCUGCUCGUGUGGUCACCAACAAAGGAAAUUCCGGAUGACAAAUUGGAAGACUACAUCACCGUUGCAAAGGAGAAGUACGGCUACAAUGGCGAACAGGCGCUCGGGAUGCUGUUCUGGCACAAGCACGACUUGGAACGAGCGAUACUGGAUCUGGCCAACUUUACGCCCUUCCCGGACGAGUGGUCCGCCGAGGAUCGGGUACUGUUCGAGCAAGCGUUCCAGUUCCACGGGAAAAGUUUCCAUCGAAUCCGGCAAAUGCUUCCCGAUAAAUCGAUCGCAAGUUUAGUGAAAUUUUACUACUCUUGGAAAAAGACCCGCAGCAGAACGAGCGUAAUGGAUAGGCAGGAAAAGAUGAAAAAGAAUGACAGCUCGGAGAACGGAAGUGACCAUGGCAGUAACGAAGAGUCAGACAAUGAGGACAAGUCAACGUCGAACAGUACGGCAGCUGGAGCGAACAGUGCUGGGAAUGGCAACACGAAUGUUCCGACUAAUGGGCCAGCUGGUGGUAGUAACAAAAGCAAUGAAGCCGAGAACGAAAGUAAUGGCAGUUCCGGCGUUGGUGGCGGCAGCGGCAGCAUUGGGGCGACCAACGAGGGGUCACUCAACUGCACCGGAUGUGGGGUGACGUGCAGCGAAGUGCAUGCCUCAUCUCAAGGAAAGCUCUGUGGCAGUUGCUACCAUCACUGGAGACGCACCGGUGUGCUGCGCCCAACAACUGGUCCGUCCUUUAUGAACAAACGCACCCGGGGCUCGAACAUACUAGGCAAAAGUGGCGACAGUCACAAGCGCCGACCGCCCAAAGGGAUGUACAUUAACCAUGACGACAUAGUGAAGUUGGCCAGUACCGCCCAGAACGGUAGUGACGGUGCCGGUACAGGUGGUGGCGGGGGUGGUAUCGUCGUUGGCAAUGAUGAUGGUGGUGGCUACAAGAAGGGCAUCCAGAGUAACGACUUGUUGGCCAGCAUGGAUCGGGAAAUCGUUUCACUAUUGUCACAAAUUCAGAACAACAAGCAAAAGGCCAGUGGAUUCAAGCGCAAGAUAGACGAUGUGCUGGAGAUACUGAAGCCACCGGAAGUGAGCUCUGUCCGCUUAAACUCCCGUUGGAACAACGAGGAGCUAAUGCUAGCGGUGCAAGGCGUACGCAUGUACGGGCGCGAUUUCCAGGCCAUUGCCGACACGCUCGGUACGAAAACUGAAACGCAAGUGCGCACUUUUUUCAUGAACUAUCGGCGCCGGUUUAAUCUGGAUGCCGUGCUGAAGGAAUUUGAAGCCACCAACGCCGCCGCUACUGCUGCCGCCGCUGCCGUUGUUGGUACCACGAAAGAAGUUCCGCUCGAACAAGCAAAAGCAUCCACCGAGAGGAUGGCAUCUGAGACGGGUACGGGUGAUAACGGGAAAACUGGUGACAACGAAGCCAUCGAAACACACAAAACGGAUCGUUCGUUGAUUGAGAAGGAAAAGCCGGAUAGUGCGUUAUCCGUCCCAGUAGACGUGGAAAUAAUGGAGGUUAAAUAA